UUUACUGAUCCUCGGAACAAGAUGUUAGGCGCUUUGCUCUUAUUGUCUAUGGUGUGCUCGGCGCUGUGUUUCCCGGAUGGGGCGCCCAUAGACGCGUGCGUGAAGAUGCGAGCCAACCAGCCCAACCACGGCCAACACCGGUCGCAGCCGCCGCACACCUCGCCUUAUAGGGUCACUGCUUCAGCGUCGACGUACGCGCCUAAUGAUCUCAUUACUAUAACAAUCGAAGGCUCGGAACCCUUCAAAGGCUUCUUCCUGCAAGCCCGCUCGGCCGAGACCCAGGAAUGGCUGGGCUCGUGGGAGGCGGCGCCGCACACCACGGUACAUCCCGAGUGCGCCGCCGUCACGCACGCUGAUCCAAGAGACAAGGCGCGGGCCACGCUGCUGUGGCGGGCCCCGGGUGGUCAUGGACGGGUUUACUUCACAGGCACAGUGCUGAAGAACUACGGCACAUUCUGGGGCGACCUGGUGGCGGACUCGGCCGACGACCCCCGGCAGCUGCAGAUACUCGGCUAGACUGAAUUGGAUUUAAGUUACGUUAUA